AUGCCUGUGAAAUGGGUUUUGUAUUGGCAACCGAAUCAAGGAUCUACAGUGAGCAGCCAAAUCCUGAACGAAGCUACGCAGUGCGUGGAGAGCAUCAAUGGCGUCAAGGAAGGAAGAUGGAAAGCUGCUCUCAACUAUUACAGACCCAUCUUGCGAGAGCAGGCCAAUCAAGCCGAGUUCCCGCGUGAUUUCCUAGGGAUUUCGUUGGCGGAUCAACCCAGUAAGUACUAUUUCAUCAUCAGGUCGCAGAGGAUUGUCCUGGAAGCUGACUCUUCCAUUCAAUUGAUUAUGGAGAAGCUUCAGUCUUACAAAUCCAAAGUCGCCCUUUACAUUGAAGGGUUUCAGUUUGAACUUGGUGACUUUAGAUUGAGAGUUGGUAAAGUUGUUCCUACUCAUUCCGAGAAUGUUAGAGGAAUAGUUAUGGAGGUGGAGUAUCUUCCUAUAUCAUCAAUUGAAAAGGCAAGAAAGGUGAUGGAGGAGUUUCUGGACAUGUGGCAUGAAGCUCUCUCUAAAAGGUCCUUGCCCGGUAAAUUUGUCAACAUAGACCUCAACUUUGCGGAGUUUGGACUCACAGACAGCUACACUCCUCAACACACUGCUGUUCGAUACGCUCUCGUCAUGGCUCAGAUGAUUGCAACGGUUCAAGCUGUGCGAGGCUAA